UUGACAAAUUGGAUUUUGAGUUUUCCUGUUCUUUCAUAUGAUUAAAUUUUAGCUAAUCUUAAGGAGGAUGAAUAGCCGGAAAAUCUUGAAGCGGUGAUUGUUUACAAAACAGCUAUGUUUCGUAGAGUGUUUAGCACCAUCGAGCUCGCUUUACAGAACCAGGGCGAAAACUUAUCCUAUCAGAACCCGUUUGGGGCAAAAGAAACUACGACGUUUAACUGGCUAGCUAACGUAGCCCCCUGUUUUCCUCUAAAAGCGGACAGUGUGCAAAUAAUAUUGGAACCAAAACAUUUCUAUGACACCUUAAUAGGCCUCUGCAAAAAUGCAACUGAACGAAUCAGUUUAGUUAGUUUAUAUUUGGGAACAGGUGAAUUAGAAAAGAAGUUUGUUGAUGCACUCUUAACCAAUGAGAAUUUCUUAAAGAAGCGCUUAGUUGUGGAUAUUUUGCUGGAUUUUACCAGGGGGAGCAGGUUUGAACCCAAUUCCCGGACUAUGUUGCUGCCUUUGUUAAAUAAAAAUGACGUUACCUGUAAUAUAUCAUUGUAUCAUACCCCUGCUUUGCGUGGGGCAUUAAAGAAAUAUCUGCCAAAUAGAUACAAUGAGUUACUUGGGUUGCAGCACAUGAAGCUAUACAUAUUUGAUGAUACUUUAGUCAUUAGUGGCGCGAAUUUAUCAAAUGAUUACUUCACGAAUAGGCAAGACCGCUAUUUUAUAAUAAAAGACAGAAAUCUAACCGAUUUUUACUGUGGAUUUAUAAAUAGUGUACAAAAGUUUAGUUUGAAAAUGGACAAACACAAUAACGUCAGUUUAUGUAAAGAUUGGAAUGUUUCUCCUUAUGAAGGCAGCAAAAGUAAGUUUGUUGGCCAAGCUAAGGAACUUAUUGAAGAUUAUUUAUCACAUUUCCAAAACAACAGUUGCAAUAAGGGAAAAGGAUAUGACACCUGGGUCUUCCCUGUGUUCCAAAUGGGUCAGCUGGGAAUAGAACAGGACUCUAUGGUAACCACAGCAAUUUUAUCAGAGGCUGACCCUAAAAGUGUUUUGAAAAUUGCUACUGGUUAUUUUAACUUAACGGAUCAAUAUAUGGAAACAUUAAUAGAAAAUUGCAAAGCAAGAUGUGAAAUAUUAAUGGCUCAUCCCAAAGCCAAUGGUUUUCUUGGAGCCAAAGGAUUGGCAGGAGGAAUACCAUUUGCCUAUUCCUUAAUAGCCCACGAAUUUCAGAAACAAUUACGUUAUCGGGAUCAACAAAGCAGAAUAAUAUUGUUAGAGUAUUUGAAAAAUGGUUGGACUUAUCACGCCAAGGGUCUAUGGUAUUACCCAGAGAACAGCCAAAUGCCAUGUAUGACCAUGAUCGGUUCGCCUAACUUCGGAGAUCGAUCUGUGACCAAAGAUCUAGAGACGCAGGUUGUCAUUCUCACAGAGAAUAAAGAGCUUCGUGAAAAACUACAUCGUGAGUGUGAGAGGUUAUAUGAUCAUGGGAUACUUGCGCAAACUCAUAGAAAGGUGCCUGUUUGGGUUCAUACUUUUGUUACUCUAUUCCGGAGCUAUUUUUAAUGGGCUUCAGAUUCUUAAUUUAUUGUUUUUUGUUACAAAAUCUUUUUUUUUAUUUGUUAAAAUAAUAAAUCAGAUCGAAAUUGGUGGUUUUUCAUUGUUGAUUUCCCACAUGCAAAGUAGA